CUGCGCACGACACGUUUCUCUCGAAGGGGAUAUCGGCUCAUUGUGUGUCUGUGUGGCUCAGUCAAACGACUGAAAUUUAUUAUUAUUAUUUUACGACUUUUUAUUUUGUGUUUUGUGCGUAUUUUACAGCUGAGUGGCCGUCGUGAACAAGCUCCGAGGCAGAGGUCACACAGAGUCAAUACAGCAGCAGUGUUAGCAGUUGCCUUGUGUUCAGUCCAGGCAGAGCUGAGCCUCGAGCCAGACUGCUGACCUGCUCGUGGUUUCUCACAGCACUGAAUCACUGCUACAGCUGCUCCUACUGAGGUUAACAAGGGAAAAGGAUUGUGUUCCCGUUAUGGACAGCAUGCUGGAAAAUCUCUCAAAAACUGAGUUCAUCAGCAUUUGUGUUCAGAAUCCAAGGCUCCAUAAAGAUGACCUCUGGCACACGCACGUAGACUACGAGAUCUGUUUACAGACCAAUAGCAUGUGUUUUCGAAAGAAGACUUCCUGUGUAAGACGGCGUUACAGUGAGUUUGUCUGGCUGCGCCAUUGUCUGGAACAGAAUGCUCUGAUCAUGGAAUUACCAAAAUUGCCUCAUUGGAACCCUUUCUUCAGUCUGAGGAACACAGAACAGGUCUCGCAGAGGAUGAAAGGCCUGCAAGGGUUUUUAGAAAGUGUUCUUCAUACACCAUUAUUGUUAUCAGACAGUCGGCUCCACCUGUUCCUCCAGUCGGACCUCAGUAUCACAAAGAUCGAGAGGUGUGCUCAUGGUAAGACCAGGUACACAGUGGCCGAAGCCAUACAGCGCUCCAGCAGGGUUUACAUCAGUGGAUCAGAGGACAAGGGCUCCUGUGACUCUGACUGUGAAAGCAGCUCUUCAUCGUCAGGCUUGGGGCUAAGCGUGGACACUCCAAUGCGAGGAAGCCCACUCCCCUUCUACGAGUCCUCUGACAGAGACCCAGAGCUCUUCAGCUGUCUUUAAGAAUCCCUCACCACACACAUCGAGCCCUGAUGCACAGCAAUUGUAUUUCCACCUUCCUUUUUCUCUUAGGGCAACCUAACCUGUUUUGUGACGCUCUUUCUUUUCUUAAAGACCAAAAACCUUUCUUUUACUUCUGUUCACUUCCUUAUUCCCCUUAAAUGUUUGUUUUAAUAAUUUGCUUUAGCUUUCUCUUAAAGCAAUACCUGUCAUUUAAUUUAGUAUGUACUUAAAAAAAAAAAUAUUUUUCAUAUUUUAAAAAAUGUAUAGUAAACCUAUGUUUGUAAUGGUAAAUUCUUAAAUAUUUCCUAUUAUGUUUAUAUUUUUAUCAGCACUGAAGCUGUACUGUGGUUAGCAAGGGAUGGUUUUUGAGUUGUAGACACGUCUUUUAGAAAAAUAUUUGAGAACACUUUUAUGAUUUGUUAAUGGAUGAAUAAAUUGUCUUAUUUUGA